UUAUCAGGUCACUGACGAGCUAUCAAUUCGUUUGUAUUUCUCAACAUUUUUCGGUUACUAGUGUGGCCGCGGUUAUAUUUAGAAGACGAGCAUGGCGCAGAUUGCAAGAGGAUCUUUUCCUGGCUCAACCGGUUUGGGCAACAAACGUAAAGUGAAACAACUUCUUGAUGAACAAAAUGACAAUGACUUGUUUCUGCAGAAGAAAGAUGAUUCACUAGACAAGCUAAAUAAUGGCAAUAGUGACUCGGAUGAUGCUAGUGAUUCAGAUGAUAGCAGUAGUCAAGAUGAAGAGUAUAAUGAAAACAGUGUGAGUGAUGAUGAUGAUGACAGUGAUAGUGAUGAUGAUGACAGUGAUGAAGAUAAUGACAAUGAAAGUGAAGAUGUUGAAAACAAAGAUGAGGACACAAAACCCACAGAACAACAAAAAGACGAAUAUGAAUACGAUUCAUCUGAUGAAGAAGAUGUUCGCAACACAAUAGGAAAUAUUCCUAUUGAGUGGUAUGAUGAUUAUCCUCAUAUUGGCUAUGAUAUUGAAGGAAGAAAGCUAAUCAAACCCCAGCAAGGAGAUGCUUUGGAUGAGCUUUUGCAAAAAGCAGAUGACCCUAAUUACUGGCGAACUGUACAGAAUAAACUUACCAAACAAAAAGUUGUUCUUAGUGACAAGGAUGUCCAAACUAUACAAAGGAUUCAGUCAUCUACUCAUCCAUCUGGUUCUGAGGGUCUUUAUGCACCUUGGGUUGACUUUUUCUCCAAUGAAGUGAUGCUUAUGCCAGUAACUGGACGACCACCAGACAAGCGUAGUUUCAUACCUUCAAAGUGGGAGCGUCAAAGAGUUGGUCAAAUGGUACAUGCUCUGAAGAUGGGUUGGAUGAAACCCCGCGGAGAAAUAAGAAAACAGAAGCUUGCACAAGAUCCAAAUGCACCAUCAUUAGAUUUGUGGAAAGAUGAUCUAGAGCCUGAAAUAACAAAAAGAUAUAGGAUGCAUAUUCCAGCACCAAAAGAACCAUUGCCUGGACAUGCUGAGUCUUACAAUCCACCAGAAGAAUAUCUGUUUGAUAAAGAAGAAGAAGCUAAGUGGGAAUCACAAGAGCCUGAAGAAAGAAGAAUCAACUUCAAGCCCCAGAAGUUUUCAGCUUACCGCUCUGUACCAAAAUAUAGCCAUUUUAUCAAUGAAAGGUUUGCUAGGCUGCUUGAUUUGUACUUGGCAUCGAGACAGAGGAAAAUGAAGAUGAAUGUUAAUCCAGAAGAUUUAAUCCCCAAACGACCAGACAGGAAAGAUUUACAGCCCUAUCCCACAAGAGAAGGAAUGGUUUACAAAGGUCAUACUGAUAUGGUCAGGAGUAUAUCUCCUGAUCCAUCUGGACAAUGGUUAGCUUCAGGUUCUGAUGAUGGAACAAUGAAAUUGUGGGAGGUAGCCACUGGCCGCUGUAUGAAAACAUUAAAGUUGGGUGGAAAAGUUACCUACGUGGCAUGGAAUCCUAACCCUGAUGUCAAUUUAGUAGCUGCUGUUGUAGGGACUGAUGUUAUCCUGAUCAAUUCAGGUUUGGGUGACAAACUAUUAUGUUCAUCUACUGAUAGCACUCUCAACAGAUUUGAAGACAAUGGUGAUAAUGCUGGUAAAAAGUCUGUUGUUGAUUGGUCAACUUACGACUUAAUUGAACAGGACAAGGGAUUGAGGAUUAAGAUAGUUCAUAGCAAGAAUGUGGUGCAAUUUACAUGGCACAUUAAAGGUGACUACUUUGCUACAGUUCAGCAAGAUGGUAAUAAAAGUCAGGCUGUGCUCAUUCACCAGCUGUCUAGAAGACAAACUCAAGCUCCAUUUUCUAAACCAAAGGGAUUGGUCCAGCGUGUUAUCUUUCAUCCUGCACAUCCAUAUUUCUAUGUAGCAACACAACAGCAUAUAAGAGUUUACAAUUUAGUCAAACAAGAAUUACAUAAAAAACUACAGGCCAAUUGCAAAUAUAUCUCCUCCAUAGAUAUACACCCUGGAGGAGACAACAUAAUCAUUGGCAGUUAUGACAGUAGACUAUGCUGGUUUGACCUUGAUUUAUCCACCAAACCUUAUCAGACACUCAAAUAUCACAAAAAAGCUUUGAGGCAGGUUGCUUAUCAUAAACACUAUCCAUUAUUCGCCUCUGCAUCUGAUGAUGGGUCUGUCAUUGUCAGCCAUGGAAAAGUUUACAGUGACCAACUUUUGAAUCCUUUAAUUGUGACUGUGAAGGUCCUCAGAGGGCAUAAAACCAGAAAUCAUCUAUCUGUUUUGGACUGCAAAUUUCACCCCACUCAGCCAUGGGUGUUUUCUAGUGGUGCAGACACGACAAUAAGACUUUUUGUUUGAUUCUGAAAACUUGCCUCUAAUCUGAAUAAAGCUGCUGAUGAUAAUUA